AGCUGCCUCUCCACCAUCGUCGUCAUCGUCGUCUCUUUACUCGUGGCACCUUCAUCCUACGUCGUCCUUCCAUCUUCGUCGUCGUCGUCGUCACCUUCUUCACCUCGCCUCUCAGUCUCCUUCUCUCCACUCCGGACCUUCGGCGACUCAGCCCUUGUGCACCGCCGCUAUCUAACCCCUUGGCGUCUCACUCGAAGCGGCCCCUUGCGUGCAACUUUAGCAUUCUAUGCACCGAUCCCCAUCUGCUUCCUUUCCGCCGUUCACUCAGGAUAAACAUUCUUGCCGAUCUUCCUCAUCACCGUGGCUGAACAACUCCAACAACGACUUACACCUCGCCAAGAGUCUACCCGUACGCCUCACCCUCCCCCACCACGUUGCCGAGGCACUGUCGAGCUCUAACGCGACUCUGCCUCAAGACGCAAUCUCAUCCUCGUCAGCGAUCAACAGCUUGAGAUAAGCAACCCAUGGCGGCUCUGACCUCCCCCUCGCGGGAGUCUUCGCCAUCUCAAGGAGGCCAUGGUCUGCGCAGCAGCUCCUUCCCCCUCUCCUCCACCAGCUCAGGGCUACCCGAGGCAAGCUCCCUGGUUGAUCAGAGAGGAGGCGCAGCGUCCGUCUCGUCUUCCCCUCUCCCUCUUUCCACAUCCCAUUCCAAUAGCUCCUAUCUCCCUGCCGCACGGUCACGCCUCAAUUCCGACCUCAAUCAGUCAGUAGGCAGUGGCUCGGGCUUACCAGAGGCGGACACUGCCGACUCUCAGAUUUCUUCCUCUAGCCGAGCCGCACUGCCAACUACAGGCACUAUGUCCCGAUCCACAUCAGGCGCAAUCUCUCAUCCUUCGAGCCUCUACCAACCUCUUUCCCUAUCGGAAGUGCUCAGUCGCAACAAUGGCGAGGUGUCUCAAGCCCUGGAGGACGCUCUGAAUGAUCGCAACAAGUUUUGUCAGGAGGCGGGGAAGCUGUCAAGUGAGAACGUCCGUAUAUGGAACCUCAUGGGCAGAAUCAGAAAGGAGAACGAAGCCCUCAAGGCCAGACUGGGCGCAGCUGGUGGAGAUGCUGCAAGGUCGCCUGCCACGGGAUCACAAGCCGGAUUCCUACGGACGCCUAGCGGGUCCAAUAAUGGCUGGAAUGGCAGCUCCCCUUCCUUGAAAGGUCGUCCGCGCACAGGGACCAACGACUCCGGGGAGAUCCCUACUCCACCUCCAAAUGGACAGCGGCCUUCCUCUUCUGGCUCCUCUUCCGAAGCUCAUCAUCCGCCUGGAAUGACCUCUGUGCCCCCGAGCUCUUCCUCGAGAGCAGCCUCUUCUCUACCACCAGUACCUUCAUCCUUGCAGAUGGGCGCAGGUGCUGACUCUCCCUCUCAGGCAGGCAUCUCAACAAUCGCCCCGUCCUUCUCCAGGCCGGCAACGAUGGACAGCCUCGAGAAAGCGCAGGCUCGGACAGCGAGCGCAAGAGCGUCCCCUGCUACUGCUACCGAUGGUCUGGAAGAUCAAGGGGAGGUAGCAGCUGCAAAGCGAUCUUCCAAUUCGAUGAUGCAAGAACAAGCAGCAGCCAAGGCCUGGCAGCAGUCGCAGCAGCUUGCUCGGAACACUAGCUCUACAGACGCGGGCAAUGGGCAGCGUGAGGACGUAGCCUCUCCGCUUACCGAAGACGUGUUCGGAUCUAGUGGGAGCACCACUGCAAGACGCUUGCGGAAUAGCCUGGAGUCUCAGGGAGAGUAUACUGGCAUUGAGAGUAGCUCAGUGGGAGGGGGAAAUGAUUCCAUCGUUGAGGGCCAGUCAAGAAUCAGCAAUUCCCUUAAAUACGGCAGCUCGUCGAACGAUACCACCAACAGUGUACCUCUUGCGGCCUCGAACUCUGCUCAGAGCCAGGAACCUCUGCCACCUCUCGUCUCCAGUCAGAGCACUGCUACGCCUGUGCGCUCCAUCCGCGAGAUCAGGUCUGCUCUGUCGAAUACAUCAAUUACAGCUGCCGCGGACUCUCCCUCUGCCUGGACGGAUGAUUCAAGCGCAACCCCAAUCCGCUCCUCUCGGAAAGAUGUCGGCGGUAUGCUCGGUGGAACCCCAUCUCCCAGCCGUCCAAGCAUAGGCAAGAAAGCCUCCACUUUCAAGCUGGAGCCCAGAGACGCAUCUACCGGCUCUGCCUUCUCAUUCGCUAAAGCAUUGGCUGAAGUCGCUUCGAACGGUCCACCAGGCAGUGUGGAUCUUGGCCGCAUCUCCUCCUCAAGUGGUCCACCUCAACCCCGCCUGAACAAUGCUCUGCUCAGGCAAGUCUCUGUAACUGUUCAAGGGACAAAUCUCCGCUACAACGAACGCGCUAGAGAGAUGGUCUCCUUUUUCCUCCUCGUGCAGCUCGAUGGACCCGUCGCUGCUGGUCGUCUGGACAAGUGGAUGGUAGAGAAGCUAUAUUCCGAUGUGCUUGGACUGGACGCUACGCUGAAGCACAGACAUGGCAAAGUUGCGCUGAGGAACAUGGUCGAUUGUCAGUUGCCGGACAGAAGUCUGUUCAAGGACCAUGCUCCUAGCAAGGUCGAUUUGAGAAAGGCUAUCCUUGAAGCGUACUUUGACACAUUACUGGCGAUCAAUCUGCCCGACAAGGACGACAUUUGCACUUUCCUCUGCACCGACUUCGUCCCGGUACCGAUUAAGGAUCCUUCUGCGAUGACCAAGGAAGGCCUCUUGACCAAAAAGGGCCAGAAUCUGGGUCGAUGGGUCACUAGGCUGUACUCCUUGGAAAAUGGAGAACGCUUGGAUUACCUCGAGGGUAAAGGAGGACCUUUGCUAGGCAGCAUUGACCUCAGAGGGGCUCAAAUUGGCAAGCAGCAGAAGAACCAGUCGAGCGAGUCCGACGAGAAUUCAUAUCGACAUGCAUUCCUCAUCUUGGAGCGCAAAGAGAGGAUCAAUGGCACGAAUGGCCUGGAUGCGGUUGGAGGGCAACCACAGCUGAUCAGGCACGUGCUAUGCGCCGAGUCUGACGAAGAGAGGGACGAAUGGGUGGACAUACUGGUCAGGGCCAUUGAUCAUAGCGACAAGGAAAGGAAGGGUCAGGUCGGAAGCGCUUCUUCUCCGAACGAUUCGCCUUCAGGUCCGGACUCUCAGCCACAAGCAGUCCCGGCAGUCUUGCCCACGAGUCCCGCUCCAGCUCCGACUUCUUCUCAUACUCAAGCUCCGAUGAUGGCAACGACAGAUAGUGUGUCGAGCAAUCUCUCUGCGCAGCCCGACAGGCAACGCCGGGCUCCAGAUAAUGCAGCCCAGAUGCAGCCCAGUCCUUCUGGCGACAUGUCCGCUACAGCAGAGCCCACAAGCGUGCCUCCUGCAGCUGCCCCUGCCCUAGUACCCGCAGUGCUCCCCAAUCGACCUUCCAGAAGUGGCAGCCUUUCCCGCCGGUUCAGAGCACGGGAAAACAGCGGUAGUGGUGGAAUGUUGGCAGUCGCAGGAGGAGAAGAGCCCUCCAGACGAAGCCGUGAUGGCGGAUUCGGACGUAGAGGCAGCGCUGCAGCUCCUUCUACCGAUUCAUCUAGUACGCAUCCGGGCUUGGCCUCUCCUAAUGCCAAGGACCGUGGAUCCAAGCUUCCCAUCUCCGGACCGGUCUCAGGCGCACCUAUCCCUGCUGGGUACAAAUUUGGCAAUCGGGAGGAUACCACUGCAGAUUCUGCUGCUGCCGGGCGGAGGGACGAUCGAAGGCGCUUCUGGCACCGGUUUGGCAAUAGUGCCUCCAACAGCAGUACCGGCGCAGCAGGUCAGCCACGCCCACCAGUCUUUGGUGUCCCUCUACUACAGGCUAUAAGUGUCUCUCCGAUCAAUGCUGGUGAAGCAAGCGAUACGGCCAUUCCGAGUGUAGUGUAUCGCUGCAUCGACUUUCUCGAGAGCAAGGGUGGUAUAAGGGAGGAAGGUAUUUACCGUCUCAGCGGUAGCUCCACUGCUGUCAAGGGUCUCCGCGAUCGUUUCGACACUGAAGGCGAUGUGGACCUGGUCAAGGAGGUGGAAGACGGAGAAAAAGGCAGCGUGCGCGAUCCUCACGCCGUAGCGGGUCUUCUCAAGACGUAUCUGCGCGAGCUACCCUCGAGUAUACUCACGAAGGAGAUGCACAUGGACUUUCUGCGCGUGUGCGACGUCGUUGAUCGGACACAGCGGACGCAAGAGCUAGCUUCUCUCGUGUCUAGUCUGCCAAGGCCGAAUUACUCUCUGCUAAGAGCCCUAAUCCAGCAUCUGAUCAAGGUUACCAACCAUGAAGAUGUCAACAAGAUGACAGUCAGAAAUGUAGGCAUCGUCUUUAGCCCCACGCUAGGAAUUCCUGCUGGUCUCUUUGGACUUUUCAUUACCACCUUUGAGCAAUGCUUUGGUAUCGAUGGGGCAGAUGAAGCAUCAACGGCUGCUGUGCUCGGCUCUCAGACGAUAGGCGCAGCUCCUAUUGUAGAUGAAGAGGCCAACGAAGGCGUCAAGCACAGCCAAGUCUCUCAAACAGAGGAAGAGGAAUCCGGCGUCAACAGUCUUGACUCGUCGCUAGUCAACCAAUCAGGAAAUGCGAUUGCAUUUCCCAGCACUAGCCGAAGCAGUAAGCGCGAAAGUCGCCUCUUUUCUGCGGCCGACAUGAACAAGUUCUCCUCUAGCCAGACAGGCUCGGCAUCAGCUGCGGGGACGGGUAUGUUCAUGCCCAGCUACGCAGAAGAGGAAGAUGCCGAAGAAGCAGGGAAUGGAGCUCAGCCUCAAGCCUAUACAUCACCACAGCCUCAAGCGUAUGGCAGUCGCAACUCCUCUCGUCGUCCCUCUGCGCAGGGGUUGGGCAUCGAAAAUCUCCCUCGCUCACAUGCGCGCACGAUGAGCGCUUCUGGACUUGUCGCUGGGAAUAGUACUGCAGAGGGGAACGCCAUGGGCAGUGGGAUUGGUAGCGGCAAUGGCAACGGGGUUGGACCACAGGCGCCACUGGGUCUCGAUGAACCACCUAGGUACGAUCAACGAGACGAGGAUGAACUCACUGGACCGGGUCUGCCGACGGUCACUACUUCGCGCAUUUCGGCUGGGGGAGAAUCGGCUGCGAAUGUUUUGCGUACGCACAGGGUGUGAGAGAGGGAAGGAGGCAGGGGGCAGUGGAGCGAGAAUGAGGAAACGAAGCGGAGCAGGUCAAAAGAAGGGAUGGGUUGUGAUGUGGUCAGGGGAUGUUCGAUGUGCUCCUUCUCGUUUGUUCAGUCAGUCAGUCACCGCACCUUCACUCCUUGGGAUUCACCCCGAUAUACCAGAUCUUCUCAGCUCAGCACUGUUCCUUG